AUGUUUUACAUUUUUUUAAGUUCCAUAAAAUGUUAUUCUAAUUUUAUUUUAAAUUACUUAAUAUUUAAUAUUUUUGUAUUUACAUAGGUGAACGGCGAGGUGUGUGAUAUCGUGACUGAGGCGAUAGAACGGUAUAACAGAAUUAUUUUGACGGAAGCUAGAAUAGCAAGGUUGGUCACGGAAGGGCAGCCAAGAACAUCCGUUCGAGACGAUCCUCAUUUUAAAGGCAAUCUUGAAACCUUAAGCAUCCGUCUCUUGAAGCCUUGUGAACAAAACGGCGAGCAUUGGCCAUAUUUGUACAUGAAUGAAUCUUAUAAACUCGAGAUAAAUAAGACUUCAUCAGUCGCCGUUCUAUGGGCUGAAUCCGAGUGGGGAAUCCUUCGAGGUCUCGAGACUUUUUCGCAGCUAUUAGCACCGUCUGGUGAUGGUCCGAGCUUAAAAAUAAAAUGCCAAACUAUCUUGGACGAGCCGAAACUGCCACAUCGCGGCCUCCUGCUCGAUACCUCCCGUCAUUAUCUACCCCUAUCUGACAUACUGUUGACACUAGACGCUAUGUCGUACAACAAGCUAAAUGUCCUUCAUUGGCACAUCGUCGACGAUAACAGUUUCCCAUAUCAGAGUACCAGGUAUCCCGACCUGUCCGCUAAAGGCGCCUACCAUCACUUGAUGAUCUACACACCUAAUGACGUGCAGAAAGUCGUGAAUUAUGCGAGACUACGGGGGAUCAGAGUGAUGUCUGAAUUUGACACACCUGGACACACUAGAUCAUGGGGUAUAGCCUAUCCGGAAUUAUUGACAACGUGUUACGACUCCACCGGAAAAGCAAAUGGUAAACUAGGCCCUAUGGACCCAAUAAACCCGAAGGUGUACGACUUCGUACAGAAUUUGUUCUCCGAGAUCGUGCAAGUAUUCCCGGAUCAAUAUCUCCACCUAGGUGGUGACGAAGUACCCUUCGAUUGCUGGGCCAGUAAUCCGAGAAUUACCGAGUACAUGAAAGAGCGCAAUAUAUCUAAGAAGUACGAACUGCUCGAAAACCAAUAUAUAGCCAAGAUACUCGCGAUCAGCAGUUCGCUAAACAUCAACACUAUUGUGUGGCAAGAGGUUUUCGAUAAUGGCGUUGUGCUACCCGCGAGCACUGUAGUGCACGUUUGGAAAGUACAAUUAUGGCAAAAAGAGCUAGAGAGAGCGACUAUGGCAGGACAUCCGGUCUUGCUAUCAUCCUGCUGGUAUCUGGAUCAUAUUGCCGGCGGUGGCGAUUGGCAAAAAUAUUACAAUUGCGAUCCUUUCGAUUUUGAUAAUGCGGCCAACGUUACACACCUUAUGCUCGGCGGUGAGGCCUGCAUGUGGUCAGAAUUCGUCAACAAAAAUAACAUACAUUCGAGGAUCUGGCCACGUGCUAGCGCAGCAGCUGAACGUCUUUGGAGCUUUAACAAGCAAGAUAACAACAUCGCCGCUCAACGAUUGGAAGAACAUGCUUGUCGUAUGAACAGACGCGGUAUUCCCGCUCAACCGCCGAAUGGAGCAGGGUUCUGUAUAUCUACCACCCUGCCCAACCUGUCCUACGUCUUGUUCACCGAAAAUGGAAAUGACUUAUUUGCCACCUACACCACCCUGUCCGCCACCCAGUUUUUACGCUUGCGAUACGAAUUACGUUCCUUACACACCUUGUCCUCCACCGAUCUCGUGAAAGUUUCAAUUGAGAAGAAUUCUGGACACAAAGAAUCAUUUGCACGUUCGAGCGUGGUGAGCUUACGAUCUGCCACCACGAGUCAUCAAAGACGAUCGCGAUCUGUGAAAUCACCAUCCGUACAGAAUUUGCACAAUUCAAAUUCGUCGGAUAAGGUCACCAAAUUUACAGACGAUCGAAUGGUAUUACCGGACGAGAUGCAACCUUCGAAAACUAGAUUCAGUUCUCGCAACAGAUCGAAAGAGACACGUUCAACUUCUUCGUCAAGGCUCAAGAGUUUCCCUGCCGAAGAGAUAAAAAAACUAAAUAAUUCGCCAAUGUUUACACCUGAGCCAAUUGCCGCUUUAAUCAUGCAGCAAGAUCCUCGAGCAAAUGGAACCUUUUACACAAAUCCCUUCAGCAAAAAUAAUAAUGGUCAUGGUGAUGCGAUUUCUAUUCAAUUGUCGCCACAUCAACAAUCAAAAUUGCAAAAUACAUGUAGUACAAGUCAGCAACAGGUUGUCGCUAACCAUCGGGAGAUUUGUCAAACAAAUCCACAGUCUGAAAGCUUACUGACUCGACGAAUCACAUCUCCCGAAAGACAGGCGCAUCGUCCUUUCGUGCCAAAUAUCCCCCAAGGAGCAAUAGUCUACGAUCGAUCACUUCAAAGCUCGUCUGCGAUAAUUAAUCAGCCGGUAAUUACACAAAUCCCUUCGACAUCAGUUGCGAUGCCACAAAUGCAAGGAUCUUCGGCUGAUUCGCAUAUAGUUGUCGACCAAAAUCUCAAUGAACCUUCAGCGCCUGACAGUCAGUGGCAGAAACAAUUGGUCAAUGACCGAAAUGCAGUCAAUAACAGACAAAUAUUCAUGCAGCAACAAAAGCAAGCAUCAAUCGAGCAAAAUACUAGUGUGCCACUAAACGAUCAGACAGCGGGUAACUGUCAAAAUAUUUAUCAUUCUCAGUUUCAUGCUCCAUUUCAACGGAAUCUACACCAGAUCAAUCAGCAAACACAGCAGAGCUAUCAUCAACAAAUGUUGCCGCAAGGACUCAACCAAAUGCAAUCAAUAUCCAACCAGCAACCACAUAUACACAAUAAUUCAGUAACGCACUGCGGUUAUUACAAUCAACAAUUGCCUAUCGCGCCAGUCUCUGGACAAGGAAUGACAUCUCCGCAAGACAUGAUAACGAAUCGAAUGAGAAGAUCGAUGCAACAUAAUUUAUCCAUCCAUCAACAGAAUCUUGGAUAUCCUGUUAGCUUUCAACCUACCUGGCAAAACCAUAAAUGGAUACAAAUAGCGAAUCAAAAUCAGCAACAUUUGCAGCCACCAUCACAAUGGCAGUAUUAUUAUCAAACGCGCGAUACCAACUUCAAUAAAAAAACUUCUGGGAGUCAAGAUCAAUCUAAUCUAUCACAGAAUCAAGCAAAUCAUAAACCUGAUCAAUCAUCCACGGAAACUUUACGAGAAGAAAAGAAGACACUGCAAUUUACGUCUGACAUGAUUCGCGAUCAGGAAUUGUUAGUUUCUACCAUGAGGCAGCAAGGUAUACCUGAGGAAGUAAUGCGCCGUCAAUUUGCAGCGUUACUGAAUGAGCAAAAAAGACAUCUAGCUUACAUCGCGCAGUUUCAACGAGAAGCAGAUAUUCCGGAGGAAAUCAAGAGGACUCGACUUGUGCGAAGAAAAAUAGAAAAGGACGAGAAACCAGAAUGGAUGAUGCACAUCACGCCACCGCGUAUAUCAUACAGCGAUAUUGAAAGAAUGAAAGUACAACAAAAAGCUUUGAACGAACAAUAUCUGAUGGACGAUAAAUCGCCGGAAAAUAUGAAUAAAAUAGUGGCUGAUCAACAAAAAAAUUAUCAUCAACCAAAAAAAGAGGAAAUAUGCAGUCAAGAGUUGCCUCAGCAAAUGUAUGGUCAGGUCAAUCCUUAUCAGCUAUGGCAAACAACUAAUUGGCCACAUAGAAGUGAUCAUCAAAUAUCAUACGGUCAUACCGCUUGUUACCCAUACGAUCAUCAGCAAAAUACAUCGAACAAUGUAUGCCGCCCAUUAAAUCCGCCUUUUAAAUAUGCACAAUAUCCAUACAAUGUGCGAUAUAAUCCAUAUUUUCCGCAUUCUGAGCCACAAGAAGUUUGGUCCAAGGAACAUAAUUUAAAUUCAUUAAAUCCGGUUGAUAAUCAAAAAACUUCAAUGGAACCCGCGUACUAUUAUCAGCAAAGCAUGAGGCCUGCCGAAACUUCCAGUUUACUCAAAAUGCGAGUAUACAAGGAAAUAAUCUGUCCUCAGAAACGCAAUAAUGGCUUGCAAGAUCCAGAUAGCAUUCAAAAGAUGCUGGAAACGCUGAAGGAUUCUAGAAGUAGGAAGGGUCUCGAGUACCUUGCCAAUUUGGCCAAGAAGAAACCUAUCGUCAAACUGAACGGUAUUCAGGGUUCCAACGAGAUUCCGGAAGAUAUGCAACAGCGACGGUCGACAGAAACCCGCUUGCAAUCUCAGAAAAGAAUAUUGACAAACGGUUUGGAAAAUAACAGGAAUCCAAACAAUCCACCAUCACGUAUCCUGCGACCUAAAAGGGCUGAUGAACCUUUAAUGAUGGAGUACCCACGGCAAAAGCAAAACACUAGAAAUUGUUACAGUAUGCAGGCAGAAAAGGAAAACGGCACGAUGGAGAUUUUGCAAAACCAAGGUGCACUUUCCCACGCACAGAAUGGAUCAAUCUCUUAUGAUCGACAGAACAAACCUAUGACGCAAGAAUGCCACGGCAACAAUGACAUAAUCCUCCAAUACAGAGGAAAUGCCCCACCUCGACAUUAUCAUCAAAUGCAGCAAUACUAUUACAAUGGACAAAACCUGCAGGGUCACAAUGGCGGUCAGGGCGACGUCGCAUGUAUGCAACGGCCGAAUGUACCCGACGCGAUGAGAAUCGAUCGCGCUGGCGGUGAUACCGGUGAGAAACCGAAUGCUGAAGAUGCGAAAAGAAUGGGCAGUGUGCAGGCGAUGCAGGGAACGAAUGCUUACGGUCAACCGGAAAUCCGCGAGACAAAGACCAUCGGAGGUAUCACGUAUCUUGCCAGGAAACCCGAAUGUGCCCUCAACGAUCACGUUGUUUCACCAGAUAAAUUAAUCGCGAACGGACACGUGUAAUCCCCAAAAAUAUUUUAGAAAUUAUUUAAAUUUCCAUUCCACUUAGCCCAUUUUGCGCGAUUAAGUUUAAUCUCC